AGAAAGAAAGAUAAGAGUGCCAAAUGACUGUAACUCUAGAACACAGUACCGAAAACACAUCGAAAGCAUGAAGCUUUUGCUUUUCCUGAUACUUUUUGAAGGGGCAGUUGCCCUGCAAGAGGAUGAGAAGAUUGUUGGAGGAUUUGAGUGCCAGAAAAACUCUGUGCCCUACCAGGUGUCACUCUUCACCGGGUACAACUACUGUGGUGGGACUCUUCUGUCUGAGCAGUGGGUGCUUUCGGCUGCACACUGUGAACCAAAGUCAAAUUUGGAAGUCCGGCUGGGAGAGCAUGACAUAUGGGAACCUGAAGGGACUGAACAGCACAUCAUGUCUGCUAAAUUUAUUCGCCAUCCCAACUACGACCCCCGCACCCAAGACAAUGACAUCAUGCUGAUUAAACUGAGUGAACCUGCCACUCUAAACAGCUUUGUGCGUCCUGCAGUACUUCCUUCAAAAUGUGAAAACGAUGGAACAAUGUGUCGCAUUUCCGGAUGGGGGAACAUCCGCUCCAGUGAUGAGGGCUCAAGGUAUCCUGAUAAACUCCAGUGCUUAGAUGCCCCUCUCCUGAGUGAUGAAACUUGCUUUAAUGCGUACCCUUUCCAAAUCACGGAAAAUAUGAUCUGUGCUGGAUAUCUGGAGGGAGGGAAGGAUUCCUGCCAGGGAGAUUCUGGUGGUCCCAUGACGUGUGAUGGAGAGCUUCAGGGUGUUGUGUCUUGGGGCCAUGGCUGUGCCAUGAAGAAUAAACCUGGAGUGUACACAAAAGUUUGUAAUUAUGUGUCCUGGAUCAAGGAGACAAUGGCAUCAGACUGAGCAAAUAAAUCUAUCUGGGAGUACAUUUGUACACCAGGAAUUCAAAGUCUAUGUGAUUUCAAUACAUUAUUCAUUGAUCUGAAAAUAAUUGUAGUGGCUUUAUUUGGCUAAUUUGGCCAACAUUAAAACUCUCCUCUGUUGCUGAUCCCACAAAUGCAUAUUUCUAACAAAACUGCUUCCAUAUCACCGGCUUCCCAACAUGGUUUAUUGAGAAUAUUUUGUAGCAACAAAAAAGUCUAGCAAAUACAAAUGUCCUAACUUUGUUCUAACUUUACACAGUAAGUUUGAGUUUAUCUGAUGGUCUUGUGUGAAAACACUCAAAAAAUACAUUUUCUUUCGGUC